GUAAAAUUAAAGGAAAGCAAAGAAAAGAUUCAAAAGAGGUAGCGAAGUUAGCUAGCAAAUCAUUUUGAUGAUGAUGAUGAUUGUCAACCAUAUCUCCAACCAUUGCGGGUGAGUAUCGAUCACGUACGUACGUCACCUACAGCGUACAUGCCGCAUGCAUGCAUGCAUGUCGUCGUCUUCCACCUCCACCGACAAGUAUAUAUAUAUAUAUAUAUAUAUAUAUACAUAUACGUUUGUAUGAUGCAAAUGUAACCCCUUAAAUAGUUUGACCGGAAUCAUGCACAACGACGAUGUUAUGGACGACACCCAAGUUGAAUGCCACGACCAAAUUAUUAUAGCAAACGAAGAGAAUACAACGACAGGCCAGGAUGAUGAAGAAGAAGAAUACACCAACAAUGUGUUGCCGCCUGAUCUACUUAGAAUAUCCCAAGACAUAGAUCGAUACAUCUUUGAUCUGCGGAGCUCUACAGAAGCAUCCAAGAUGAUGUCCGCCCCUGACGUUCCCAUUUGCGUGGAGCAGUUCACGGUUCUCGUGGAAGAGAUGGUGGAUGAAAAGGAUGGGUGUGGUGUCAAAUGGAGGGAGUUGAAAGAAGCAGCGGCCGAUUCUUUCCUCCAAUCCGCCAAUCGCCUAUCUAAUCUCUCCAAACUGCUUCUCCAUUUCUCUUCUGAGUACAAAUAUGCAUACUCCAUCAGUCGGGUUGGAGGCGUCCUCCAGCGUGUCAUGUCCUACCUUGAACAUGCUUUCAAAUCCUAUCUAGAAGAUUACAAAAUGUGUCCUCCAGAGGCAACCGCGAGUGAUCAACCUGAUGAGCCGCAACCUGCAGCUGCAGAGGACAAGGAAUCGGAGGUGGUGGAGGAGGGGGUAGUGUUGAAGAAACUAGGAAAGGCAAUGAUGUUAGGGGCGUACGAGGCAGAGUGCUGGAACACAUACUUUGUGUCACGAUGGGUGGUGGUAGAUGAGAGCCUCCGCCGUCUCGGCUUCGAGAAAUGGAGCGUGGAGGAGGUGCAUAGGAUGGGGUGGGAGGGUUUGGAGAGAGAGAUUGUGGCGUGGCUGAGGACGUUCAAAUACUGCUCCACCGACCUUCUCCUGUCCGAGCGGAAGCUCUCCACCUCCAUCUUCGAGGACUACCCUUCCAUGUCAGAGAGCAUAACAAGGGAGUUGUCCCGUUUCACGUUAACACAGCUCCUUGACUUCUCCAAUGCGGUCGCCGCCACCAGUAAGCGCGUCCCAGAUGAUCAGAGGCGGCUUUACAAGCUCCUGGACAUGUACGAGGCCUUGCGGGACCUUCUUCCCGACCAGGUCAAGGCCGGGGCCUUAUUGACCCAGUGCCGCCUCGGGGAGUUGGCCAUCACCAUUGUCCAUGAGCUGCUGGAGCACAACAUGGUGAUCACAAUGAAUUCGGACUCCGCAAAGAACCUGCCCGCUGGUGGUGGGAUUCACCCACUGACGCGCACAGCCAUGGGCACCAUAGAGCGCAUGUGCUCAUACAAAGACACAUUGGAGCAAGUGUUCGGGCAGCACCAUCAGCAGCACCAAGAACAACAACAACAACUUGGACUUGGAGGUGAUGAUCAUUUCAAGGUGCAAAUUGUGAAGGCGAUGGAGGUGAUAGAAAGCAACUUGGAGGCAAAGUCAAAGCAAUACAAAGACCCCUCCCUGAGCUUGAUCUUCCUGAUGAACAACGGGCGGUAUGUGAUGCAAAAAGUGAGGGGAUCGGAGGGGAUGAGCAGCCUGAUGGGGAGCGGCGGCUCAUCAUGGAUUCGGAAGAAGUCUGCGGAUCUGAGGCAGUACCACAAGAAGUACCAGCGGGACACGUGGGGGAAACUGCUGCAGUAUUUGGGCGGUGAAGGGCUGACGGCAGCGGGGUCCAGCGGGAAGGUGAACAAGCCGGCGCUGAAAGAGCGGUUCAAGAGUUUCAACGCGAUGUUUGACGAUAUAUAUAAGGCGCAGAGCAGCUGGGUGAUUAGCGAUGAACAGCUCCAGUCUGAGCUUCGAGUGUCCAUCUGCAACAUGGUGGUCCCCGCAUACAGGUCGUUCGUCGCUAGGUUUAGUCACACCUUCACGCCUGGGAGGCAGACUCAGAAGUAUGUUAAGUAUCAGGGUGAAGAUCUUGAGAAGUACAUUGAUCAGCUCUUCGAUGGAAGUAGUAGUGCCACCAAGAAGAAAUAAUUAUUAAUUAAUACGGAUCCAUCAGUACGUACAUAUCCAUUUAUAUUUAGCUAGUUUGAUUAGUGCGUGCCAUUCAAAUUUUGUUGUUUUAGUCAUGCAUGUAUGUAGGCUGGCUAGAUAUAUGAACAAGCUAGUUAGUAGUGCAUGUACCCGUCGAUCGGUGCACAGGAUGACAGGAUACAUAUGCAAAAAGAAUUAGUACUACUACUUAU